AUGGCUCCAGAGACAGCCUCACAUAAAGAGGAAGACGCUUCUCAAAUCCUUCCGCUUCAUCCAGGAGUAAAGAUGGCCCGAACUUUGCCCUAUGUCAACGGUCCGAAUCAUGCGCGUCCUCUGCAUGACCGGGUUAGAAGACAGCUAGCCGGUCUAUCGACCAUUCUGCCUCAUUCUGAACUUACUGACACGACCGAUGCUAUCAUGGAGAGCCUCAAGAGCAUUGCGUCUAGUUCAAAGUCGUCUUCUAUAAGCGGGUCUACUACGUUCGGCCGCACACCCUCUAAAUCGCAGGGCUCUCGCACUACUGAUUUUCCGGUCUAUUUGUCAGAGGGACCCCGAGAAGAACUAGAUCGCAAGCCGGCCCUUGACGAAGACGAUAGACUCUUGAUUAGCGAGCCUACCAGAUCGGAAACCUGGCCAGGACAGGACUUGAUAAACAUCGCACCGCUGAAGGGGCGUGGCAUUCCAGACGUCAGACGGAGAUACGGCCAGUCACCGUCCCUCAGGAGUGAAUCAGAGUCGCUCGUCACAGACUUGGGUCUUCAAGGUCGCAAUAUCUCAGCCGAGACAGAUACUGCAAAAGUCGAUCCGGCAUCGAUAUCCAUCAUCAAGUCACAGGAAACUCCACUAGCAGUGCGCCUUGUGACUGCUCUCCAGAAAAUCCCAGGCCACUCUGAGAAAAAAGGAUACUUCCCCGAGAAGACUUUCAAUAGUCUGAUCGACGAAGAAUCCGUGAGAAUAGAGCUGGAGCAAUGUUUCAGGGGUGUUCUUGGACCCGGAAAAAUCCACUUCUACACCCAGACGAUAUGCGGGAGGGAGGCUAAGAAUGCUGCUGAAUACCUCUUGUCGUUCAAGAAAAUAUUCGCCAUCUUGAGAUUGAGUGACAAACUCCAAUCGAUAUUACUUUUCAUUGAUGAGGGUGUUUCUGAUCGAGAUUUACCGCUGCGCAAGGUGGUCCCACCCAACACACAUCCGAACCUGUUUAAGCUCGCACGAAAGGGAGAUAUAGGUGCACACCAUCGAAAAUUGGGCUGUUUCAAGGAUUGGGAUCCUUUGGCUCUCUUGAGAUUUGAGGAAUGGCAAUGGACAACCCUGCCCCCGUUCUUCUUCAAAACGAAGCGCACACGUGUUGGACAUUUCGUGUUACCAGAUCAAAUUCCCCUCCCUUUCACAUCCGACAGUCGAUACGAUGAAACUGGUGGAGAGAAACUUGAGGUUGACAGCGGCUUCAGUCGUGUGUUCAAGGUGGACAUACAUCCUCAGCAGCAUGGAUUCCACGGUUACAAGUUCUCGUGCCGACAUUUCGCAGUAAAGUGUUUGAACUCACCAAGCCGAGAUCGAUUCAACAGCGAAGUGAACGUCCUGCGGAAGUUCAACGAUGAGACACACCCACAUCUCACUUCCUUGUUAGCUACAUACGAGCAGUUCAAGAAAUUCUAUCUGAUUUUCCCUUGCGCCGAAGCCAACCUCGAGGAGUACUGGAGAAAUCGAAGUCCCGCACCAAUGAUGAGCCAUAUGAUCAUCCGGUGGAUGGCCGAACAAUGCCAGGGCUUAGCCGAUGGCUUGGCUCGAAUUCAUCGAUGGAACUCAACCCCCUACGGACGGAAACAUCAUAGUCUCACCAUCCCAAAACCAAUUUCACAAAGCAGCCAUCUGAUAGGCCAUCACGGGGAUAUUAAGCCACAGAAUUUGUUGUGGUUCCAAAAUCCCGGCGGUGGUUCUGAUAGAGGGAUACUCAAAAUCACAGAUUUUGGUCAGACUGAGUUCAAAGCAAGCCGAACCACAUUCAAUCAACCCGGAAAGCGGGCGCCAGUUUCCCCAAGUUUCCGCCCACCUGAGUAUGAUUUGAAGGGAGGAAACGGCCGCUCGCAUGAUAUCUGGGCUUUAGGAUGCGUCUACCUGGACUUCAUUGCUUGGUUGCUGGGGGGCUGGGAAUUGAUCUCGAAGUUUGCUGCCGCCAGAAAUUCGCUUGACCCGGGCUGGCAUAAUAUCUGCACCGAUGUUUACUUCGAGGUGAAGGAUGAAGAGGGCAAAAGAGUGGCCUUUAUCAAACCAGCCGUCACAGAUUUCAUUACGGAGCUUCAUGAACACCCGAACUGUACUGAGUAUCUCCACGACUUUCUAAACCUCAUCCAAUUUGACAUGUUGCAUGUCACUCCCCAUUGUCCUAAAUUGCAAAAGAGUCGGAUGGACAUUCACGAGCUAAACCCCAAGCUGGUCGAACUCCGCAAGCGAUGCAACAAUAAAGACCGUGCCGAAGAGCCGGCCAGGGAGCACUUUCUGGUCACGACGUGA